AUGACGGAUAUAGAAUUGGAAUUAGAGGAUGAAAAUGAGUCGUCUAAUGCACCAGAAACAGUUAAUGCUCAGGGAACGAUCUUUGCAAACAACAUUAAAAUAGAGCAACAAAAUAAUGACCCUAUUUUGACCAAAAAAGAACUAUACGCAUGGACUUUUGAAGAAGUACGCUGUGUAGUCAACAUUUUUGGGUUAUGGGUUGAUACAGCCUCGUUUAGCUUAUACACCUUUUCAUUUAGUGUAAUUCUACAAGCUAUCACUGCAAUAUCUAUCGGUGCAACGGCUGAUCACGGUGCAAUGCGCAAAACUUUAUUAAUAAGUUUUGCUUUGGUUGGAACUGACAAAUCAAAUCUUUCAAAUGAUCAACAACCUUUUUAUUUGGAUGAUGACAAUAUCAGUGAUCAAUCAACUACCAGACUUCUAAAUCUUGACAAUAAUUCCGAUGUUACUUUGUAUAAUCUUUUGAAUGAACUGACAACAACGAAAGAAAAGAUUUCAACUCAUAUAUCUGCGCGUGAGAUCUCCAUGAUUAUUUACGAAUUUGAUUACUGUGUAGGAUAUACCACAAUAUCUUCGGUGGCAUUGUUAUUUGCUAAAACAACGUUACAAGUUCCAGCUGUGGGUCUAAUUGCCAUUGCCUUAAUAGUUCCACUAUCUGCUCUAUUUGGAACGAUCAUAGUGCCAAAAUUUCAGUCAUAUUUCAAACUAACAACAAAGCAAACUGUUAUAUUAUUAAAUGUUUUAUUAUUAUGUAUUCCUGUUUAUGGUUGUUUUGGUUUUGUUUUGCCAUUUGGUGGUUUGAGAUCUGGUACAGAACUUUAUUAUUUAGCUGUUUGGUUUGGGAUAGUUAUCGGUUCUAUUCAAAGCUAUUGUAGAACUUUGUUUAGUGAAUUGGUUCCUCACGGUAGAGAAACGGAAUUUUUUGCUCUGUAUGCAGUUACUGAUAAAGGAUCAAGUUGGUUGGGUCCGACUUUGGUUGCCAUCAUUACUGGUAUGUCGAAUUUUGUUGAUUUUUGUGAUAUUCCAUAG